AUGCAGUGGAACGCCCCGGACGUUCCCGACCCGGCCCGCGUUCACGCCCAGCUAAUCAAAUCCAGCAGCACCGGCGGCGCCCCCACCGCCGCAGAAGCUAGGUUCUAUUACAACCAACUCAUCGCCCUCUACUCUCGUUCGCCUUCCACCAUUCCCGAUGCCCUCCGUCUCUUCCACCACCUUCCAGUCUCGCCCAACGCCGCAUCCUGGACUUCCGCCAUCUCAGCCCUCUCCUCCGCCAUCCGCGCGGCCGCCGAGUCCGCCGCCCUCGACCAAACCCGCCUCAUCCACGCCCACACCGUCGUCAACGGCCUCAAUCCCAACUCUAUCGUCGGAACCGCUUUACUCGACGCAUACGGCAAGGCCGGACUCGUUCCCGACGCGCGCCAAGCGUUCGACGAAUUGUCCUGCGCUGGAAAAGCCAACCUCGUGUCAUGGAACGCCUUGCUUUCAGCCUACGCCCAGCAAGGCGAUGCCACGUCCGCCAAGCAACUGUUCGACGAAAUGCUCCAACGAAAUCUCGCUCCCGACGAAUACACUUUCCUCGCCAUCCUCACCGCUUACAGCAACUCCGGUUUGAUGGACGAAACACAGAAUUGGUUGAACGAGAUGCGUACGCUUUAUAGCGUGGAACCAGGGAUUGAGCAUUACUCGUGCUUGCUGGGAGCAAUGUCGCGAGCUGGGCGGCUCGACGAGGCUGAGCGCUUCGUGUUGGAAAUGCCGUUCGAGCCCGACGCCGCUGUGUGGCGGACGCUCCUCUCAGCCUGCAUGGUUCACAGAAACGCCGACAUCGGUCGGAGAGCGGCGGGGCGCCUACUGGAGUUAGACCCGCAAGACGACUCAGCCUACGUUAUGCUAGCCAAAAUCUAUUCUUUCGUCGGGAGAAAGGGGGAAAUGGCAAAGAUGUGGACGACGAUGAGGGAUCACGGGGUGCGGAAGGAGGGAGGGAGGAGCUGGAUUGAGGUAGCCGGCGGGGUGCACGUUUUCAUCGCCGGCGAUCGGCAGCACGAGAGGUCGUCGGAGAUAUAUGCAAAAGUUCGGGAAUUGGAGAUGGAAACGGGGAAAUUGGGGUAUGUGGAGAAGGGAGGGGAGGGGGUAUGGGAGCACAGCGAGAGGUUGGCGGUGGCAAUGGGGCUGAUUAGCAAUGGCGGAGGCACGGCAGCGGACGGACAGCCCGCGUUGAGAGUGAUAAAGAAUUUGAGAAUUUGCGGGGAUUGCCAUGAGUUCUUCAAGUACGUGAGUAGGAUAAUUGGGAGAGAUAUUGUGGUUAGGGACGUCAACAGGUAUCAUAGGUUUGAGGAAGGGGCUUGUAGCUGCAAGGAUUGUUGGUGAAACUUUCGGAAAUUCCACUCCA